AGCCAGCCCAGCCAACGUUUCCCCGUAAUGGCGCUGAAGAAUCGGGCCUGAAGAAUUAUCACAUAUUCAGUCCAUUGAUGCCUUUCUUAAUCUCGAUCCUUACUGGUCGGCUACGUAACCUUCUGCUCUAUAUCGUCAUCUCUGCUCAAUUAUGCUCCUUUUGCCUUAAACCCUAACCACUCUGCUUUCUGGGGUUUAACGGCUUUCUCAUUCGGGCUAAUUUGCUGAGAUACUGAACCAAAAAUGGUGAGGCCGUUUGGGGUGAAGGGGCAGAAGAGGAAGAGGAAAGAGAAAUAUGACAGAGAUGAAGAAGAAGGGGAGGAAGAUGUCGCAGAGCCCACGGUUCAGGCAGCGUCGAAGAAAGCUGCGGUAGAGGAGAAGGACGAGAAGGAAAUGGAGGAAAAGGAAAGUGAGACUGCAGCUGACGAAAUGGCUGGCAUCCCAAUCGUUCAGAUCGAUCAACAGACUAAAAAACCUGGGGUCAUUUUCGUGCUGGAGAGGGCGUCUUUGGAAGUUGCCAAAGUUGGUAAGACUUACCAGAUAUUGAAUUCGGAUGACCAUGCCAAUUUCCUCAAGAGAAAUAACAAAAAUCCUGCUGAUUACCGGCCUGACAUUGUUUAUCAGGCUCUCCUGUCAAUCUUAGAUAGCCCGCUGAACAAGGCUGGGAGGUUGCGGGCUGUAUAUGUGAAAACUGAUAAAGGUGUUCUUUUCGAAGUCAAACCAAAUGUGCGUAUACCAAGGACGUACAAGCGUUUUGCUGGCAUUAUGUUGCAAUUGCUUCAGAAGCUCAGUAUAUCUGCAGCGGGCAAAAGGGAGAAGCUUUUGCGUGUGAUUAAGAAUCCGGUAACCCAGUAUCUACCAGUCAGCUCCCGCAAAAUAGGGUUUUCUUACAGCUCCGAUAAGUUAGUGGAAAUGAGCAAGUAUGUGGGGACAGUGAGCAGCGAUGCUGAUCUUGUGUUUGUGGUUGGUGCGAUGUCUCAUGGGAAAAUCGACUGUGAUUACAUUGAAGAUUUUAUAGCCAUUUCUGGGUACCCCUUGAGCGCUGCAUGGUGUAUCGCAAGGAUCUGUGAGGCUCUUUCGAACAAAUGGGGUGUCGUGUAAAACAAAUUACACAACCCUGUGCUGUCUCAUGCCUUAACUGCACAUUCAGACAAUCUGCACGGGCAGUUUCGUCGAGUGUAUUUGAGCUAUGUAAUGGAACAAAUAUAUCGUUUUCCAUAAAUGUUUGGUCGUGUAUUUGAGUGUAAUUAAAACAGUAACUUUAAUCUCAAAUACAACGCCAAUCACACAUACAUGAGUGGACUGAUCAUUUAGAUUCUUAACUCAGAAAAGAGGAAAAGGAUUAUCGAAGAUAAGAACAGGAAGCAAAAGCAAAGCACAAGAAUGUGAUUCUUGUCAAUUUAAACAGAGUGGAGCGAUGGGGGCAAAAAUAACCAUCCACUUCAUGUUUUGUUUUGUUUCUUAAUCAAGCAUGGAGAAAAUCAUGAUGAUGGUCUCUGGAUUUGUCAUGAAGGAUCUAUCUUCUUCAGUUCCCCAUGCAGAGUUAUUGGGAGUGCUGGUCAUCAUCACUUCCAUCUCCAUUGUUCUUGCCUACCAUUAUUGCACCACAAAACCCAAAAGGUGCCUAGACCCUGAGAAAUUCCAGGAGUUCAAGCUGGUUAAGAAAACAGCAGUGAACCACAAUGUUGCCAGAUUCCGAUUUGCUCUUCCUACCCCGAAAUCCGUCUUGGGUCUUCCUGUUGGGAAUCACAUCAUUUGCAGGGGAAGGGAUGCUGAAGGUCAAGAAGUUACUAAGCCAUACACCCCGGUCACUCUGGAUUCAGAUUUCGGCUACUUUGAACUUGUAGUGAAAAUGUACCCACAUGGAAGGAUGUCUCACCAUUUCAGGGAAAUGCAUGAAGGCGACUAUAUGGCAGUGAAGGGACCUACGGGUCGUUUCACCUACAAACCGGGCCAAGUUAGAGCUUUUGGGAUGAUUGCUGGAGGAUCUGGCAUUACCCCUAUGUUCCAGGUGACUCGGGCCAUAUUAGAGAACCCGAAAGACAAAACAAAUCUGUCUCUUAUCUAUGCCAACACAACAUUUCAGGACAUCCUGCUUAAGGAAGAACUGGAUGGUUUUGCUAGGAAAUUUCCCAGUCGUUUCAAUGUGUACUAUGUGCUGAGUCAGCCACCGGCUGAGGGAUGGAGCGGCGGUGUUGGUCGCAUAACCAAGGAUAUGAUACGAAAUCAUUGCCCAGCUCCAGCUUCUGACAUUCAGGUUCUAAGGUGUGGGCCAUCAGGGAUGAACAAGGCAAUGGCUGCUCAUCUGAAUGAGCUUGGAUACACAGCAGAUAUGCAGUUUAAGUUCUAGAACUGAUUUCUUAUUUUCUCAGUGCUAUGUAUACAGAUCAUUUCAUUCUAUUCAGCUUACAGAAUAACACAUUUGAAUAUCUUCGAAAAAUUCAUUGGGCGUCAAAUGCUAACAUUGUGCAUGGUAAAAGGUUGCUCUGAGUCUGAGCUUUGAAGAGUGGAAGUGUUUCUGUUUCCUUGUUAAUGGGGAGCAGACAUUGGGUUACGUGCACAUAAGUUUCUCAUAUGAUAUUCAGGUCACUGAUCUGGCAUAGCAUUCUGGAGAUGGCUACCAUAUCCCGAUAAUUCAGAUGGUUACAAUAAUUACAACUAGGCAGAACACAAACUCACUACCUCUUCAGUUAUGGACUUCCAUUUCUACAAAAAUGCUAGAAUAUCUGCUGCAAUGUGGAAGUGUCUCCUGAUGCAUGGACUGAAUGACAAAGCUGCAAAUCUAUGUAACGGUGGUUAACCACUGGUGGCUCCAGCAUUGAGGAAGAGGCUUUGGUUCGAAUGCCAUGGGAAAACUCUUAGAUUUUCACGUACAAGUCCCAUUCCAAUCCCGGAUGACCAGUGUUGUCAGUUGACAACACGCCACAUCUGCAAGAUUCUUUAUGCUGUUAAAUUUUCCUCGCUUUCCUGCUUCCUGUUUUUCCCCUGCCUUUUCCUACAGCAAAUGAUGUGAUUAGUGAUUUGGGCCUUUCAUAACCAUCUUCAUUUUUCCGAGGUUUUGGUCUGCUAGCAGUCUGCCUAGUUUCUGGUUUCCAGUUUGCCUUGAUAAGAGAUUGACCCAACAAAUCAGCAAUGUCUGUUGCCAUAGCUUCAGCCUUCUUCCCAUGUGGGAAACGUUCGUAGUCAAAUUGAUGAGACAACCAUAGGUACAUCGACAGAACUUGAUGUUUGGUCUCCAGGUCCAGGAGCUCAGAGUCAUUCCUAGCAGAACCUUUUGGCAUCCCCAUUGCUAUACUAGCAGGUACUUUCUGACCGUAGUCAGAAGCAAACCUUAGAAGAUGGUACAUUGAUUUUGGGUCCCUAAUAUUAGCAGGAGCAAAACAAAAGUUGAAACGAUCUUGCAGAGAUAAACCCUUAACUUUCUCCAACAUAUUUGCUACCUUCUUUAUGUGAUCAUGCUUACACAAGAAGUACAUUCCAUCAAGACGGCAACUUUCAGCAAACUUUGCCAGAAUCUUGGGGAAAUUCAGAUCAGGAAGUUGCGCUGCGAAUGAUUCGACCUGCUCAAAGAAAGGAAAUAGUCCCACUUUCUUAAUUUCGUCAAAAGGUUGCUUUAAGCACUCAAUAAGGUACGCAAGAUCAUCUAGAUGCAAGGUUGUGGUGAGUCCAACUGGGAAGCGACUUCCUCUUCUACCAGCUCUCCCUGCAAUCUGCUUGACCUGGGUUGCUGGAACAGGUACAACCUUGUCGCCAUUGUAUUUGGAGAGAUUGUAAAAGACAACUCUUCUGAUAUUUAGAUUCAAACCCAUUCCUACUGCAUCACUUGCAACCAAUACAUCAAACUCAUUGUCCUGAUCAUUGAAUAAAUUAGCUUGCUGUCUGCGAGUCUCGGGAGGCAAUGCACCAUAAAUAACACAACAUCGAUGCUUAGUGUUUUUCUCAAUUGCUAACUUCACCUCAAAUAUUUCUCUCCUUGAAAAUGCAACAACACAGUCCCCAGACUUGACAUUUUUCAGAUCUCCCAACAAAGUUUUGGCUUCAACCUCCAACUUCUUGAACCGCUCGCAAUGGUGUACUUCCAAUUCAUCUCCAGUUUCUGCACAAAUCUUUCUCACAAUGUCAAGCACACUUGGAUCGCCACAUAGAUGAAUUUCAUCAGCCUUCACCCCCAGCAAAGCUCUUGUCCAGGCAAAGCCUCUGGUUGCGUCUGCCAUCAUCUGGAUCUCAUCAAUAACCGCUACAUCAUACAUCUCAUCAAUAGACACCAUUUCUAUAGUACAAGAAACAUGGUUCGCAAAAGGAACCUUUUUCUUCUCUUGCCCAGUGAGAAGACUACAAUAAACCCCAAGGGAAUUCAUCUUAUCAAACACCUCCAUAGCCAAAAGCCUUAAUGGACCGCAAUAAAUACCCUUCUUUGCUUCCUUAAAUCGCUGCAACGCCUCGUAAGUCUUGCCACUGUUAGUCGGCCCACAAUGGUAUACGACCUUACGUUUCAUUGCCCUAGCAAAAGGAAACCAAGUGUCCGGCUUUGUAAGAUCUGCUUUCGAAAUCAUAGCCCUGAAGCUCUUCAUCUCAUCAGCGAACUCUUCUAGACAGUAUUCAGCAAAUAUGGGGAAAAGGAACCUAACAGCAUCAUCACAGGGACCAAGCGACACCAGAUAAAGCCCAAGCUCAGCAGAACACUUAUCCAAGACAAACUUCCUAAACUUCUGAACAGCUGUAGGAAAAAACGACAUGCCAAUAUAAAAUGCAAGGGCCUGGUUAGCUGCCCAACCUGAAUUUGCAAAGUAAGAGAACACAUCCUGGAUUGCUUGCCAGUCAGACCGUCUCAUCUUAUCAUUCUUCUCGGCCAUCUUAAGCUCCCUGUACAAUUCUAUCGGAUCACAUAACGCCAUAUUCCUCUUGACAACAGUUUUUUCGCUGGCAUGAGCAUCAUCAAUGCCAUCCGGGCGCACAUCACUAUCAUCAACAUCAUCAAACCCCUGGCUCGUCACAUUUCCUGCCCCAAAACCAGCAUUCACAUCAACGUCUGCACUGGCGCUCGCAUCGCUGUUCCCACCAUCCCCAUCCUGGCCAGAGGUUGAAAAUAAUCUCACACCAAUUGAAUCAAAGGUGCCAACUUUGGAGCACUUCGAUGGAGCUCCCGAAAUAAUUAGCUGCAGCUCGAUCAAGCUAGUAAAGAUUUGACGAGAAGGAAAGCCAAAAGAGUGGUAAAUGUAGCGACCUGUGGAUGAUGCCCUGUUGUCGAAUUGCCUCAAAGAAUGCAAAUUCGAAACAGCGAGGUAACCCCUGGUCCUGGAACCGGCGGUUUUCGACUUACAGAGCCGGAAAAGGGAUGAAACACAACCCCGCGCCAUAGUUCUUCUUCUUCGAAAUUCAAGAACAGGGAACUAAGCAAUAAGCAUGCGCGCGAAGCUUCAGAUACCAGACAACGAUCUCGGAAUGCAAUUGACUUCCGUGAGAAACCGAAUAGAAUGCAGGGUGAUGGAUGGACGGGCGGUCAAUACCCGUCAACCAGCUGGACCAGGAUGCGCGAUUACCGGGUUAUAAAUCUCAGGGCCUUUCCUUUCCCACUUCGCCUUAUUUUUGUUCUCAGUGGCAACGGGUGGAGGGACGGAGAGAUCCUACGAAUGGCAACAGUGAGUAAGCACUGUGGAGGGUCGGAGUUGGGAGUAGCCGAGUCGCCGUCGAUGGAUGUCUAGGGUUUUAGAGAGGUUUUACAUGAAUGAAACCGGCGACAAGAGGUUUUAC